AUGCCCACCACCCACCCCUGCGAAUGCGUCUGCCCCUGCGAUCCUACUCGCACACCUGUGGAAGUCGUACACGAUGCCCAGAAGGCCGUACAGAACGCUGAUCAAGCCCUUCGCGACAUUCGCAACAGCGGCGCUUCAGAAGAGGACAUCCAACUCGCCCAAGACCGCAGGCAUGCUGCACAACUCGCGCUCGACGAGGCCUACAAGGCGCUCAUCGUUCAGGCGAAGCAUCCUAACCCUGAGCUCGACGACGACGAAGCGAUUGCAACCGACGAUGAGGGCGAGGAUGACGAGAGCGAGAGUGAGGAUAUUAGCAUGGACGUUGGUGACGUCAGUGCCUUGACCGAGCUCGACGAGGAUGACGAGGACGACGAAGACUUUGUCCCCCCGGAGGAG